AUCGUUUGCGUUGAAUCCAACUUCUUAUACUGAAGCCUUUUUAAACCAUUUUCAUGGAUGACAGACAGGAGCCACCUAUCAUGGAUCAAGAGGUGUUGGGUGUAGAUGCCUCAGAGAAGCAGUCACAUCUUGGCCAUGGGACAAUGGCCGACACAGCUGUUGAACAAACGGUAGUCAUGGCACACCCGCAACUCGUAUCGGAUCAUUUGGAUCCAUUGAGCUGGUCCAGGAUUCAAAAACAUACCAUACUGGGCAUUGUUAUGUUGAAAUACUUCCUCUUCACCUAUAUCACUACCACGACGGUACCCUCUUUCCCCGAAAUACAAACCCAAUUCCAAAUAAGCUACUCGCAAGUCAACUGGACUGUUGCUAUCCCUGCGCUUGGCCUGUCGGUAGGACCACUAUUCUGGUCAUCAUUAAGCGAUAUAUAUGGCCGUCGUAUAAUUUUCGUUGUCGGCACUGUCAUUGCACUGGUAUCAACAAUUGGUGCUGCAGUGGCAAAUAAUUAUGAAGGAUAUAUGGCUGCUCGUUUCUUCCAGGGGUUUGGCGUCAGUCCAGCCUCAACAGUUGGAAUGGCUGUGGUAAACGACCUCUUCUUCGAUUAUGAACGCGGGCAAAAGCUUGGUCUGUGGGUUCUGGCGAUAGAUGCUGGGCUCCUCCUGGGCCCAACCUUUGGUGGCUUCUUGAACGUCGUCAGUGCAUCCUGGAUCAACUGGUUCAACGCCAUCCUCUUCGCUGCAUUGCUGAUUCUCGAGCUCUUCUUUAUGCCCGAGACUUUAUACCCGCGUAACACGAUGCUCGAACACGCAACAAAGCCAGUCAAUAAUUGCUCCAUCUCAACCGACAUCGAAAAGGCCCCUAGCACAACAGCAUCACCAACAGAUACAGCCGACCUACCUAGAACCAAGAAACUCCCCUUUCUCAACCUCAAACCCGUACCUGGCAUGCGUCACCCCAAACCCUGGGAUUCUAUAACCCGAUUUAUCCUCACGUCUCAAUUCCCCGCUGUCGCAGUAAGCGUUAUUGGAUAUUGCUUCGUUUGGUACUGGUGGGUGUUGUCGGUUAUCACGAUGGUACCCGCUGCGUACGCAUCGUAUACCCCGUUGAUUCAGGGGCUCUUGUGUCUUGGAUUGUUCCUGGGAUGUGUCCUGUCUGAGAUAUGCUGCUCGGGGAGAUUGAGCGAUUAUAUCGUGGAACGACUGGCGAAGAGGAAUGAUAACGUGCGUGUUGCUGAGAUGCGAUUGUGGUUGGCGUAUCCGGCUAUUUUGAUCACAGCUGUGGGCUUGGUCCUCUGGGGCAUCAGCCUCGACAGAAACUACCACUGGAUGGUCGGCCAAGUCGCCUUCUUCCUGUUCUCUGCUGGAAUACAAAUCGGAAAUACCGUGACUAGCAGCUACAUCGUCGACAGCUAUCCCCUACAGUCAACGAGCGUCAUCACCUUUUACGCCGUAUUCCUCAAUCUAAGUGCUUUUAUCAACCCGUUCUUUAUUGCUUCCUGGCAGGCUUCAUCUGGCUGGACUUGGACGUUUACCGCGCAGGCUCUCAUCGUUGCCGGUGGAGGGACGGUUGUCUUCGCACUAUUACAUCGCUUUGGGGCCUUACUGAGGGCAAAAGCACCAUUGCCUUCAUGGGUGAAUCCUGAGUUUGAUUCGGGGGCUUGAGUUACCUAUCGUUCUUGUGUAUUUUGUUUCUUGGGUUUUUAUAUAUUGGAUAUAGCGUUUGAUCUAGAGUGGUAUAUCUGUCUCUACAAAUAGAUAAUGGCAAUGGGAUACAGCAAAGAUUGGGGCAAAGCUGUCAAAUAGUAGAAAUCCAUUGGAAAUAGCAAAUAAACACAAAUCUCCAAGCGCCUAAA